GGUCAGAAGCAAAACCAAAGCCGGACGAGGCGGACGUGUGUGACGCUCGGGUGCGCGAUAUUUUUGAGAUUUGUAACUGUUGUGUGCGUUGUCGCCUGCCUUUGCUUUGCUGUGUGUGUUGGGUACUCUUUUUUUUACACUUUUGUUUGGCCGCUGCCACCGUCGUCGUCGUCGUCGUCGUCGUCGUCAUCGUCGUCACCAACGUCUUUGCCGCUUACAAUUUGACUCUUCGUCCACCACCAAACAUCAAACUGUGUGUGUGUGUGUUCGCGCGUGUGUGUAACAAGUACAAACAACAAAAAUCAUAAAUAAAUAACCGAAAUUGUUUUUGGACUAUAUUAUAUCAAUUUUUUUUUGUUGCCGCGUGUUGCGUGCACAAACGCAUAAAAAACAACCAAAUCCUAAGAUCAAUACACACAAAUACAACAACAAUAAUACAUGCGUACCUGGGCAAAGCAGCAGCAGCAUCAAAUCAAAUAAAAGCGGAGCAACAGUGUCGGGGCACACCAAACAUAACCAAGAAGAAAACGGCGAAGCAGCAGUUACUUGCGAUCAGAAAGGAGUGAGCGAGAGCGAGAGAGCGCGAGCAUAAAUAUCAAGCAGUGCGUGUGAAACUGUAAACUGUUUCGCAAUCGAAGCGAAGACGAAGAAAACGUACAAAUAAAAGAAGCAAGCAAACCUACCACGCGUCGUCGGCUCGUUGCGCUUCGGUUCGGUUAUUGCGUUCGGCACUUUACUCUCUCUCUCCGUGCUCCCCCAACCCCCAACACGCACACCCCCCACUAACAUCAUCAUCCACCAUCGUCGACGUCAGCGCCAGCGUCGUCGUCGUAUCUGUCUCGACUGACUGACUGACUGACUUUGCGUGUGUCGAACUUUGGCAGCAGCAGCACCGUAGACAAAAACUUCUAAGAAGCAGCGCUGCUUAUUCGGUGCGUGUGCGUGUGUAUUUGAUUGCCAUAUGUGCUGCGUCUGUUUGUGUGUGCACAAGGUGUGGUGUGUAUACAAAAUCGAUUGAACCAAACGCCGCAGUCGCCGCUAACGUCGCAGUCGCAGUCGCUGCAACGCGUUCGAACGUUACGCGAUUUUUCAAACGCAUUUUUUUCAUGUGCUGAGAGCGUGUGAUAUUUUUUUUCUGUGUCAAAUUCAAAUCAACCUUAAAAUUUCAACGAAAAAGAAAUACAUACGACUACUGGAUACUCUACGGAAUUAUUGCAAAUGAUGGAUAAGUCAACAACGAAUGCUGCGGCCGACAAUGAGGCAACAACAGCAACAAAUGCUGCCACUGGGUGUGGCAGCAACACCAGCACUACAACAACAACAACUGGCAACGGCAGCAGCAACAACAACACCACUGCCAAUGGCAACACCAACAAUAGUGCUGCAAGUGCCACAAAUGGUGGCAGCAACAACAACUGCGGCAGCGCCAGCAGCAGCAGUAUCGGCAACAGCAACAACAAUGCUCGGCCCAAUAUCUUGCAACGUUUUGGCGUGGCGGCCACAACAAGUGCGCUGCUUAACAACAACAACAGUUCCACAACCGUUGUGCUGGGCACAGCGAACAACAACAACAACAACAGCAACAGCACGAUGAUUAACCUCAAUAUUAACACAACAACCGGCGGCAGCUUCGGCGUCAGCGUUGAGCCGCACAUCACUGUUGAGAGUCUGAAGAAGAUCAUCGCCAAGAAACUGAAAGUGGCCAAGGAUCGCAUUUGUUUGCUGCAUCGUGAGAAAGAACUACAGGAUGGCACGCUGAGAGAUCACAAUUUAAUGGAUGGUUCCAAGAUCAUUUUAAUACCAAAUGUGGAAACUGGUUUAUUGGCCCAGCGACCGGAGAACACGGUGAUGCAAGCACUGGAAUCGCUCAACGAUUCGCAGGUGAACGACUUCCUCAGCGGCAAGACGCCGCUCAAUCUGAGCAUGCGUCUCGGCGAUCACAUGAUGCUCAUCCAGCUGCAGUUGAGCACCGUGAAUCCCGCUGGUGGCGGCACAGCUGCAGCUGCCACCGCUGCCCUGCCGCCGGCUGCCACAAGUGGCAACGCGUGCUCGAGCCUGACUAAUGUCAGCGCCUCUUCCAUCUCCUCCGCCUCUGCCUCCGCCGCCUCAGCGUCUGCUGUUGCGCCAUCGGGCUCCCACAUGCGCACACGCUCCUCAUCGAGUCAUCGCGGAUCGUCGUCGUCGUCGUCGUCGUCAUCGUCGAGUGGAUCAUCGUUGCGUCUGGGCAACGGACAUGUGCACAGUCAACAGCAUCCGAGUCUGCAGCACAGUCACAGUCAUCACCACCAUCAUCAUCAUCAUCACCACAACGCCUCGGCUGUGGCCGCCGGCAGCUCUGGCAGCGCCACACGCAACAGCUCCAGCUCUAGCUCCUCCAACUCUUCUGGCUCCUCCAGCUCGAGUCGCAGCCAUGGCCAUGGACAUGCCAUCAAGAGCUCCGAUCUGAGCUCGUUCCUCAGCAAACGCGACUACGAGAGCCUCCAAAACAUUGUGAAGAGCAUUGCGUUGACGCAGGCUCCCCGUGCCGCUGCUGCCGCAGCCGCUGCCGCCGCCGCAGCUGCAGCAGCUGCCAGCACAACAACAGCAGCAGCCACAACAGCAGCAGCAACAGCAACAGCAAUGACAGCCGCAAGUGGGACACCUGCAGUUGGUGGCGUUAAAUCGCUGCUGGAACAAUCCCCAAUCAAAUCGCUCUCGAAUCUCGUGUCGAGUCCCAUCAAAACGACGGCCAUCAAGAACUUGCACAUGGGCACAGCAGCAGCAGCAACAGCAAAUGGGUCAACAGCAGCAGCAGCAGCAGCAACAACAUCGACAGCUAGUUCCUCUACAGCUGCUGCAGCAGCAGCAGCGCCAACAAACCACAGCAACAGUUGCAACAGCAGCGGUGGCAGCUGCCAACAGGAUCCGAUUGCGGCCAAGCUCACCUCAUGCCUCUGCAAGCGACUGCUCAACUCGACGCCAGCGACAACAUCAGGAACAUCAGCAACAGCAACAUCAACGCCACCAACAUCAAGCAACACUGUGGCGCCACUCGCCAAUAACUCGGGCGUCUUGACGCGCGCUUCGAACUCGUCGUCGUCGUCAUCGAUGGGGAGCAGCUCGCUGCACAAGACGGUCAACAAUCCGAUCACGGUGACACGAUCGAAGCAUCGUCAUCAUCACCACCAUCAUCAUCAUCACCAUCACUAUCAUCAUGCAGCUGCUGCUGCAGCCGCUGCCGCCGCUGCAGCUGCUGCUCGGAAGCCCCAAGAGUUGACAGCAGCCGCCACCACUUCCACCUCGAACCCAAGCAGCUCCUCCGCAACGUCAACGUCUUCAUCCUCCUCGUCGUCGUCGUCGUCGGAACUGGAUGAUGCCGGUUCUCUGGCUGUCUCCGAUACACGCACGCUGGCCGAAGCGUCGCGCAAUUUAACGCAAACAUUGCGCAAACUCUCUAAGGAGGUCUUCACCAACAAGAUCGAUUUAUCCGGCGGCGGCAGUGUCGGUGUUGGUGCCGGCAACGCUAGCAGCGUUGGCUCUAGCUCGGGUGGCGACGAUGCGCCCCGCAAGAGCAGCUCUGGCGCCGUGAUUGAGUCGAUGAAGAACCACGGCAAGGGCAUCUAUUCGGGCACCUUCUCGGGCACUCUGAAUCCCGCGUUGCAGGAUCGCUUUGGACGUCCCAAGCGAGACAUUUCCACGGUCAUUCACAUACUCAACGAUCUGUUGAGUGCCACGCCCCAAUACAGUCGCGGUGCACGCAUCAGCUUCGAGGCGCCGGGUUCGUCGAGCAGCGGCAGCAACAGCAACAGCGCCACCAACUCGUCGAGCAGCUCGGCGAAUUCCUCGGCGAACAGCAGCAGAAAUGGCCUCGCUGCCUUGGCAGCGGGCGCAUCGUCAGCUGCAGCUGCUGGUGGCAUGCAUCACACAUCACGCAACAAGCUGUACUCGAGCAAGCACCACAACUGUGCCAAGUGCAACAGUCGCGCCCAGCAGCAGCAGCAACAACAACAACAGGCAGCGGCAGCAGCAGCAUUGUCCGCCGCUGGCGGAGGAAGCUGCGUCUACGGUGAAUGCAACGGACACUACACGCAAACAGCGACCAAUGGAAAGGGGGCGACGGCAGCGACAGCAUCCAAGUGCUGCACAGAGGCAGGCAACAAUGCCAGCUCAAUGCUGGCCACCAACAACGGUUGCAUGUGCCGCUAUCGCAGCAGCGAUGGCAGCAGCAGCAGCAACAACGGUGGCGACAUGUGCCAGAAGUGUGUGGCAGAGAUGGCGAAUCUGAAGACAAAGUCAAAGCUCGACCAGCUGCGUCUGGUCAUGCAACAGCGCAAGCAGAAGCGUGAGGCACGCAAGCUCAAGAGCUCGCCAUAUGCAACAGCAACAGCAGCAGCAGCAGCUGGCGAUGCAACUGCGCCCGAGGCGGCAGCAACAGCAGCAGCAACAGCUGCAACUGCAACAGCGACGCCGCAAUUCAAUGCAGUCAGCGUCAAGGCAACAACAACGACGACGGCGUCAAGCAACAGCAGCAGCAACAACUCUGCUGCAGCAGCAACUGCAACAGCAGCCGCAGCCACGGCAGCAGCAGCCACAACAGCAACAGCAACAACGACUGCAGCAACAGCGGCAGCAACAGCGGCAGCCACAGCGACAGCAACCACAACAACAACCACCGCACCACCCAGCGAAGUGUCGCCCAACCACAUUGUCGAGGAGGUCGAUACAGCUGCCUAAGCGUCACGCCCCUCCCCCCCCCUCCGCCCACUCAUUUCUAUCGACAGCAUUUACUACAACAACAACAACAGCAACCACAACAACAAAUCUGUUUAUAUAUUUUGUAUUUCUUCUAACAAAUAUUUUGUAUGCGAAUUGUUUGCUUCCACUUAACAUGCAACUGCCACGCCCACAGUGUGCAACCCCCCCCCCAUAGCUCCCUCCGCCCACAGCAUUGUUUGAAACAACAGCGUGGAGCAAGAGGAGUGAUAAGUGAAGGAUCUGCGGGGGUGCGGGGGAGAAAAAAGAGAGAGACAGAGCGUAAGGUAGAAAGCGAGAACCGUUGAGCUGUUAAAUUAAUUUUAAGCAACAACAACAACAAUAAUUAACACAAUUCACAACAAUAAUCAGCCGGCUAAGCUCUACCCCCCUCCUCCUCCUUUCCCCUUUCCCCCCACUGAUAAGCACUGUGUGGUCAGAUUAUUUCAUGUUUCUAAACUUAAUUUAGUGAAAUUGAUUUUUUUUUUAACUACUUAUACUACUUAUCAUAAUUAUUAUUAUUAUUAUUGUACUUUCUUUGUUUUGUGGCAGCCACAACAAAAUCGAGGCAGAGCCCCAAGAUGGAAUCAAGUGAAAACAAAAACAAAAAAAAAAAAAAAAAAAAACAAAUAAUGCAAAAAAUACUAUAAA